GUCACCGCUUGGCACGACGUGCUCAGUGCGUACUUUUAUUCUAUUCAGCAGUUCGUUUUGUUGAGUGGGGUGGAGCCAGUGACGAGCGCGAAACAGCAGGAACCGCAGGAAGUAGAUUUGGAUCUGCUAUGAACGAUCGGAACAGUUUGUACGGCUAGGGGGAUUGAAGAUAUUUGCUUCCUAGUAGAGCAAGGUAAUUACAAUUAGACAUAGAGUGCACUUUUCGAUGAACCCAGGAGGCUCAUCAUCAUCGUGCCCACGACCUGAGUGGGUAUCAUAGAUAGUCGCGCUGCGCUGUUGUACUGACACUGAAUUAAAAAUAGUACAUAGCCUCAGGCUGUGAUGUGUAUGUCUCUCUUUAUCACGAGUUGUACAAACGUGAACGUCAGUUUUUGAAAAAAAUGGGUAUUUCCAAGUUGAUUCCGAGUGUGGAAGGCCUUUUUCCUGGUAUAAAGGUCGACGCUUCAACUGCCGCGACCAUUCCCGCACGCACCACGCACCUCUACAUCGAUGGAAACUUCCUACUCCACACAGCAAGCGGAAGCCGUGGCGGCGCGAAAAAGAAGGCAAGCGAGAAGAGGAGAUCGCAGGCUGUUUCAAGUAGUACUGGUCCUGAUGGAGUAUCAAAUAAAGAUCACGAGGAAAAUAAACUAGACGUAGAAAAAAUCUCCUUCGUCUGGCACGACGCUCGUUUUGACGACCCUGUGGCAAAAGAUGCGGAGAUCGAGGUCUUUCUGCGCAAAGUCAUAUCCGCACUGAAUGACGCCGUUGCGCCUUACCUGGAUGUUGACCAUCAAAGAACAUCCUCCACUUCCUCUGCACUCCGCAUUUUUCUCUUCUUCGACGGCCCCGGAUCGCGCGCGAAGCUGCUCGUCAGUCGCGACCGCCGACGCAAGGACGAGAGCAGCUUCUGGCGGCAGGCGCUGACCCCGGGCACGGAGGUGAUGCAGACGUUGCUGAAAAACCGCGUGGAAGCGCAUUUUUGCCAGAAGUUUGUGCGCAAACGAGGCGAGGUGAUAACCAAAAUCGUGUUCAGUGACGCGGACGUGCCCGGGGAGGGGGAGCACAAGAUCAUCGAAGCGAUCAACGAAGAAGAAUACUACGAGGCGGCGAGGGCAAGGGAAGAGCAGAAGGGAUCCUCGUCGUGGUGUUCUAGUCGACCGACGUUUUGUCACGUCAUCCUCGGGGGGGAUUCCGACCUGCUGCUGUGCGGUUUGAACGCCGCAGAAAGGUUAAACCAGUCCCAGCUUUACUUCAACUUUGCUGAAGGCGGCAAACUGAAAAACAAACCGUCUUCCGGCGCACAUUUCAUCGACGUGCGAAAACUUCAGGCUGCGUUGUUGUCUACUACUACUGCUCGUCCGCAGCCGCCAUCAGGGUUCUUCGCGAAACCUUCAGACCACGAACUCACCCUUCGCCGGGACUUCACCUUUCUCUCGAUGCUCCAGGGGAAUGAUUACGUACCCGGGGUGAGCUUAAACGGUGCGUGGAACGUAAACGCCCGGUGGAGAAAGUACACCGAAAUAACCGCGCGGAAAAACUUUCAAGCGCACGAGCCCGACAAGUGGGGCAUCGUGAAGGUGGUCCGCGUGUCGCAAAGCGGUGGGGACCAGUACCGCUUUAGUCCGCUGGAGGAAGUGGAGUCCGGGAAGGUGUAUCAAAAAUGGUAUUACUGUUACCACCGGUUUUGCACUGGAACUGCCUCCACGUCCACGCUAGAAGAGAUCUUGCUCGGAGAUGAAAACGGAGUGGAUGGAGGCAGCUCUGAUGUCAAAGCACGAAAUAGUAAGGGGAUGCUGAAAAAGGGAGCCUCUUCCGGCAAGAAGGGCGCGGCUGGGAAAGGCAAAAACUGUCCAUCUUCCCAAAGUGAAGCGGCUGCACCACUUGGACUCGACAGACGCAGUCGCGAUUACUUUCGUGCUAUGCUGUGGACCUUGGAUUGUUACAGCCACGGUUACCCCUACACGUUUGAUUUUGGCUUUUCUGCUUUCGACGUGGCUUCUGACGAGGACGUAGUAGCCAACAGUUCGGGUCAGGAAGCCCCAGCGGUGAAACAUCCUCAGCCCGACAGUAGUCGCAGCAUGCUGACGGGCGAGCAGCUUGUCGGCUAUAUGCGACGAAAUCAAGCUGAAUUCACGAGUCUCCUCGGGCCGGGUGUGAAGGAACAAAUUUGGAUCGGGCAAAAUAGAAAUGAAGAAUCGAAAGGUGAAGGAGAUGCAGAUUACUACGUUGCCGAAGACCAUAAUGACAUCGAAGGAUCACUUCAAGCCACCAAGCCGCUUCUGCCCUUGACGCGGUGUCUCUCCGUGGUCCCUGUUCAUCGCCUCAGCUCGGUCCUGGAGCUCUCGCAGUGGAAGGCGGUGAUGACUCUGUUUCAAAAACCCGCUGGCUUCCUCUCCUCUUUUCGUGAAAAGGAACGGCAGCUACUCGCCUUCAUGGCAGAAACAAAGCGGUUCUCCGCUCUCGAGACGGCGGCGCACGAAGCGCUGUCGGAAUACGUGCGGAAAAGCGAGUCGCUCGCGAACGCAGGAAUCGAAAAGGUACAGGACCUGCGCCGGAAUUUUGGCAGAGGCGGGGCUGGGGCGAUAAACAAAAACAAGGGAACAACAGUAAAAGAUGCUUCGACUACUACUUGUCCCAUAGAAAUUUCAGCGGAGUUGGAGCGUCUCCUCAAGGAAUAUGAGACCAGGCUGGCAGACAAAGAAAAACACAUCGCGAAGGUCGCGAGGUGGCGCAGAACGGAAUUUACCGACAUCGAUAAAAUCGACCUUUACGUUUUAGACAGCUACGUGCGCAAACUGCUGGGCCCGAAAGCAGUCGCGAAGCAAAGAAGAUACUAUGCCACAACAUACAGAAGCUGAAGCAAGAAUAGUUCAUGUGCACAGGAAUAUCAACUCAUGUCCCCCGACGCCUGCAACAUGACAAAACGCAGCGUAAUUCUUUGUGAUUUGUGUAAAUUAUUUCUAUAGCAUAGCGUUUCAAUGGUGUCGAGGAGCGGAGACCCUCGUCCCGGCUUGUUUCGUGUUCGAAC